CUUAAAAAAACAACAAUUCUGGGUUGAAUCUCGAAGAGUCGUACAAUCAAUGAAUAUUGAAAACUAAUAUAAAUUCUAGUUAUUACGUUAAGAUUUUUGAUUUUUAUCCAAUUUGAGUGUUUGUGUUGUUAUGUGUAAGUGUUUUUAAGAUGUCUGAUAUGGAUUUUGACGUAUAAUUGAACAUCUAGUUACGGGACAAUAAACAAGUAGUGACGCGCUUGUGUGUACAGACGCCAUAGUUACGAAACAUAAAAUUUAGAAUUUCAUACUAUCAAAAUUCCCCAAUUUUCUUUUCUAAUUGUGAUGUUCCCGCAUUUCAUCAGCGCGGAAGAAGCACAGAAGACGAAUUUAAUACCGAGUGUAAAUCUGCUCCACUCAAAAAGAAAAGGAAUAUUUAUACACCCCUCUGCUAUGUACAGAAGUAGUGCUACUUGCACCAAUAUAAAUAUAACAUUUACGUCGAGAAGUUUGUUUGGGUAAAUUUUGAAGACAAUAUUCAAGAUGAAAAUCUUGCAAAGUGGCCGCUUAGAGGCAUUGAGUAGUGCACUGUCAAUUCUCAAUGGCGACAGUGCUGUUCAAGGCCGAAUAGAAAGCUACAGUUGUAAAAUGGCAGGGACUGAGAAAGCUUUCUAUAAAAAGUUCACAGCCGCUGGAGAAACAACACAUGACCUUCAGGCAUUGUCACCCCCAGAGAGUGUGUCUUACAGCCGCAGCUUUUCAGGAGAUGAAGAGGGUGUUCUGUGUGAUACAAUUUCACGUAAAACACUGUUUUACCUAAUUGCCACAUUGAAUGCUGCUUUUCCAGACUAUGAUUUUUCACUGGCAAAGAGCAGUGAAUUUAGUGCUGAGCCAUCUCUCAGCUGGGUGCAAAAUUCUGUAGAUGCUGCUCUCUCUGCUGUUGGUGGAAUUCGUUGGCGUCAAUUGAAACCAGCUCUAUGGACUGCUAUAGAUGAGGAAGUCAAGUUGGCAGACUGUAGAAUAUACAGUUAUAACCCUGACUUAGCCAGUGAUCCAUUUGGAGAACCUGGCUGCUUAUGGACCUUUAAUUUUUUCUUCUAUAAUGUUAAACUGAAAAGGAUUGUUUUCUUCACUUGUAGAGCUAUGAGCCCUGUUUGUGCCGAUUCUGGUGUUGACUUUGCUAUGGAUGAAGAUGAAGAAUAUAAUUACUGAAAAAUUAAAUUUACAUUAUCUUUAUCAUUUUGUUGUUGUGCCAGUAGGAUAGUUGAGAAUUAUUAUUGUAGUUUAGCUCUAACAUUUUGAAAUGUAUCCAGCACAAUUUUAAGAUGUGUUUCAAUCUUAAUUAAUAAGAGUUUAAUUGAUUCAAUGAUGUUUAUUAUGUAGGAAUAACAUAAUAUUAUCUAAACAAUUUGUUGUUUUUAAAGUGAUAACCCUCACUUCUAGGAUUAAUACACACAUAGUUCGAGUCUCGCAUCGUUCCUAAAAUUUUGUUUUUUAAAUUUUAUUUGUGUAUUAAUCCUAGAAGUGAGGGUUAUCACUUUAAAAACAUAACAUAUUGUUUAGAUUUACAAGAGCGACAUCUCAAGUCAAUUUCCUAAUAUGCAAAUAUUGGAGUUGAGCAGGUUAUCAGCUGUAAAGUAGAUCCUGUAGAUGAAGCCACAACCUGAGAGUUGAACAAAGCAAACAGAAUUUUGUAAUGAGGAGGUACUCGAACGGUUGGCUCAGUUGGUUAGAGCACCGGCACGGAACUCCGGAGGUUGUGGGUUCGAGUCUCGCAUCGUUCAUAAAAUUUUGUUUUUCAAAUUUUAUUUGUGUAUAAUAUUAUCUGAAAUAUAUUAGGACAAUGUUCUUCUAAGGGACUUCUUCACAUUUUAUUAAUUGUAAGGUUUAAAAUUAUAAUUUCACAAAAAUAACAAGAUCUCCGUAAGUUGCACAAUUAUUUCUGUAUAGUUUGUAUAUUAGAAUAGAAAAUGAUUUAACUUUUUAUUGCUUGAGGCAACAUUAAUAUAUGUGUAACAGCAUCAAAGUAUGCAUAUUUGUUACAUUUAAUAAAAAUUACCACAUUAUUGUAACAUUUUUUUUUAAUAUAUAGUUUGUAUUUUCUUCUAGUAUAUAAUAUUAAUAUGGAUGUCUUAUUCCGCCUCUGAAUUUGGGGAGAUUUAAAAAGGGUAAAAGUGUGUGUAGAUUAUACUUGUAUUAAAAUUUAAUUAUAUAAAUAAAUUUAUGUCUUUAUAAUAAUGUGUAUAAAAUUUUAAUUAUUGGAUGUCAUUAUAAAAAGGUUUUUCGUCAAAAAAAUAUAAUUAAACAAUCAAAAUAUAAUGUCUUAUAGAACUAUACAACAGUAAAAAAGGCUUUUCAUUAAACAAGCUAACACCUGUAUUCACAAACAGUAUAAUAUAUUUAAAUCAAUGAUGUCUAUUAAACUAUCUAAAGUAGGUUAUUGUUUGUGAAUACUGCCACCAGAUUAUAAAACUAAAUAUUAUCUUAACUAUAUACAUAAUAUUGUAAUAUAUAUAUAUACACAUGUUUUACUUACACUAAUUAAAUCAAAUAAAUUAUAUAAAUGUA